CUUUUCAUGGCUGCUUAUAAAAGAAAACUUUUCCAUGUCUGGAUUUAUCAGUUCACCAUAAAAGCUCAAGUGAAGAUGUAUUUUGCCAUCCGCCUAAGCUUCGUCCUGGCAGUGCUCUUCUGCCUCACAGGAAACGGAAGUGCUAGAAUGCUGGAUGCAGAUCGCAACCGGCUCCAGCAACUUCAGAUUCGAAGUCAGCAAUCUGCGGAUGCCAACACUCAGGUGGAUAUUGCUUAUGAAGUCAUCGGAAUUUAUGAUAAAUACAAGGGCCAGGGGGGAUCGAAUGUGUUGAGAGAGGCUCAAUUGAAUUCACAAGUCAAUGAUUUUAAAAGGAAGACUAUGGUCAUCGAUGGAGUGCCAGCCCAAGGAGGAGUUUGGGGUAUUUUAGGAGCAAUAAAGAAGGCCGCUGAUGCCGUUCCUGACAAUGUGAAGAAAGAUGCUGAGAACUUGGUUAAGAGCUCCACAAAAGUCUUAGUUCGGGGCAUAUACGACUAUCUUAUGGGUAAAAUGAAGCAGCACUGAAAAGUAAAAUACAAGAAAAUUUAAUAUAUCCA